ACACUCGCCUUUGGAUUUUAUCGGAAGCUCAAAAUGGAGGUGUUUUAAUCUUUUCAAGCACCCGAUCUGUAAGAUAUUAUCAGUUUCUGUGGUAUAUAUGCAAGAGAUUAAUGAGGUUGAUAUUCUUAUCGUCGAUAUUUAGCAUCAUCCAAAUUCUCUAUUAUUUCUAGGUGUGAGAUGUGUGUGUGUGUGUGUGUGAGAGAGAGAGAGAGAGCGAGAGAGAGAGAGAUUCUUACUGUUAUAAGUUGUAGAGGAGUUCUGUUAUUACAUAACCGGGCUUGGGGGAAGAGAGAGAGAGAGAGAGAAAGCGAGGGAGAUGGACAAAACUGAAGAAGGAGAAGAGGAAGAAGACAGCCAGACUAGUUCACAUGAUAAUGGAGAUCAAACAUCUGAUCAGAAGCAUAGCCAGGGGAUAGUUCUGGACCCCAGGAGCAGGCUGAUCCAGGAAUGGAACAGGGUCUUCCUUCUAAUCAGCGGCGUUGGCUCGGCGGUCGACCCUCUCUUCUUCUACACCCUGUCCGUGAGCAGCCGGUGCAACUGCGUCUACAUAGACGGGUGGCUUGCGCUGACAGUGACGGCGCUGAGGUGCAUGGCGGAUUUCGUGCACCUGUGGCACAUCUGGCUGCAACUAAGGUUGGCGUAUGUUCCCAAGCUCGCUGGUGGCGAUGGGCGGAGGGGGCGGCUGCAGAGUCACCCCCGUAAAGUCGCGCUGCAUUACCUCAAAUCCAAGAAAGGCUUCCUCUUGGAUGCAUUUGUCAUCCUCCCUCUGCCUCAUCUUGUGGUGUGGGUUGUGGCCCCAAUUCUGAUCGCCAAUGGGAAGACGACAUGGGUGAUGACCGUAUUUCUGGUGACCUUCCUCUUCCAGUACCUGCCGAAGCUCUACCAUGCCACUUCGCUCCUCCGGCGAAUGAAUGUCUUUGGGACCAUCUGGUGGGGCUUUGCGCUUAACAUGAUGGCAUACUUUGUUGCAGCUCAUGCUUCAGGCGCUUGUUGGUACCUGUUAGGGAUCCAGAGGGCUGCAAAGUGCUUGAAAGAGCAGUGCCUUGAAAUGGACGGCUGUGGAUUGAAGGUGUUGGGUUGUAAAGAGCCCAUAUACUAUGGCGUUGACGUGGUGAAGGGCGGCAUGAGAAUGGCAUGGGCAGCACACAGAGCCGCUGGUGACGUGUGCCUGGCGAGCAGUGAUAAAUUCAACUACGGAGCCUACAAAUGGGUGGUGCCCUUGGUCACUAGCACAAACCGUCUUGAAAAGGUUUUGUUCCCCAUCUUUUGGGGACUAAUGACAUUAAGCACGUUCGGAAACUUAGAGAGCACUACUGAAUGGUCAGAGGUGGUUUUCAACAUCAUAAUCUUGACCAGUGGUUUGGUAUUGGUGACCAUGCUGAUUGGCAACAUCAAGGUAUUCCUCCAUGCCACAACUUCGAAGAAGCAGAAAAUGCAGCUUAAGAUGAGGAACUUGGAGUGGUGGAUGAAGCGGAGGCAGCUGCCUCAGGGCUUCCGGCAGAGGGUCCGGCAGUACGAGCGCCAAAGAUGGGCGGCGAUGCGCGGGGUCGACGAAUCCAACAUGAUUAGGAACCUGCCUGAAGGCCUGCGCCGGGACAUCAAGUACAACCUAUGCCUCGACCUUGUUAGGCAGGUUCCUCUCUUCCAACACAUGGACGAUCUUGUUCUGGAACACAUCUGUGACCGGGUCAAAUCGAUUAUCAUCCCAAAGGGAGAACCAAUAACGAAGGAAGGAGAACCAGUGGAAAGAAUGUUGUUCGUGCUAAGAGGCCACCUGCAGAGUACCCAAGUGCUUAGGGAUGGCGUGAAGAGCUGCUGCAUGCUUGGGCCGGGGAAUUUCAGCGGGGACGAACUUCUGUCUUGGUGUCUGCGCCGCCCUUUCGUCGAACGUCUUCCGCCAUCUUCUUUUACGCUGGUGAGCCUAGAGACGACGGAGGCGUUCGGGCUAGAGGCCGCGGAUCUGAAGUACGUGACCCAGCACUUCCGCUACAACUUCAUGAAUGAGAAGGUGAGGAGGAGCACCAGGUACUACUCCCCUGGCUGGAGGACAUGGGCAGCUGUUGCCAUACAGCUCGCAUGGCGCCGGUACCGGCACCGACUGACGUUGACGUCGCUCUCGUUCAUCCGGCCGCGCAGGCCCUUGUCAAGAUCAUCUUCUCUAAAGGAGGACAGACUCAGGCUCUACACUGCUAUGCUGACAUCUCCAAAGCCUGAUCAGGAAGAUUUCAGUUUCUAGUUUGAAUUUGGAUCCGAUCUCCAAGUUUCCAGAUCCGUUUUUUGCCUUGAUCUAGAUCUCAUAAGGAUUCAAACCACUUCUCUAAUAUUGUUAGUUUUAUAAUCAUCUCAUACAUAUGAAGGUUCCAGCCUCCAUGUGUUGAAGUUC